UUUGGUCCUUUUAAAUGGCUUCUUUGGUAGUACGAAGUACUGCAUCUAUCUAGCAACUAUAAGUACCAGUCUUCAUUGUCCAAUACAAGCAACUAGCAAGAACUUCCAUCAAAUCCUCUCUAUAGUCAAUAACUUAAUUAAACGUAAAAUUACCACUCUCGCCGGAGCAUUUUCCUCGCGAUCUCCGAUCCCUAGGUCUCUUCGGUGACUGAAAAACCGAAAGAUCUCUGCACUUUCUGGUAAUAAUUGAGAGAUGGAGAAGGAACAAGAGUUAGAAUGGCUUGCAGCACAAAAGAUAUCAAUAAGUAUUGACCUUCUGGCUGCAGCCAAACAGCAGCUUCAGUUCCUUGCUGCUGUUGAUAAGAAUCGAUGUCUCUAUGAAGGCCCUACUCUUGAACGCGCCAUCUAUAGGUAUAAUGCUUGCUGGCUUCCCUUGCUUGCCACACAUUGUGAGUCCCCAGUUUCUGAAGGGCCACUGGUUGUUCCUCUGGAUUGUGAAUGGGUUUGGCAUUGUCACAGACUCAACCCAGUAAGAUACAAAACUGACUGUGAGGAGCUUUAUGGAAGGGUACUGGACAACUCUAAUGUUGUAUCUUCCAUUAAAGGAAUUUGCAAAAAGCAAACUGAAGAAAUUUGGAAUAGGAUGUAUCCAGAUGAACCUUAUGUCUUUAACUUGACGAGAUCAUUGUCGGCAGCUGCCAACGAAAAGUCAUUGGCAACUGAAAAAUGCACCAAAUAUGAUUUGGUUUCAGCAGUUAAAAGGCAGAGUCCUUUCUAUUACCAGGUAUCUAGACCCCAUAUGAACAAUGAUGUUUUUAUUGAAGAAGCUGUGGCCAGAUAUAAGGGUUUUCUGUAUCUAAUUAAGAGAAACAGGGAAAGGUCCAUUCAACGUUUUUGUGUUCCAACUUAUGACAUUGAUCUUAUCUGGCAUACACACCAGUUGCAUCCCAGUGCCUACUGUAAAGAUUUAGGGGAAGCACUUGGGAAGAUAUUGGAGCAUGAUGACAUGGAUUCAGACAGGACCAAAGGAAAGAAGCUGGAUGCUGGAUUUUCUGGAACUACGAAGCAGUGGGAAGAGACGUUUGGCUUAAGGUAUUGGAAGGCAGGUGUAAUGUAUAAAGGAAGUUCGCCAUCACCUCUCACAACCAUUCCUUUCCAGCCAAUUACCUUGAGAAAAGAUGUAGUAGCAUCGAAUGACUUUCAGAAGAUGACUCAACUCCCAGAGGUGAAGGUUGUGGAGGUCCUUCUGGAGAUUGUGGGAGUUAAAAACUUACCACAGGGACACAAGGGAUCCCUCUUUGUUACUUUUAGUAAAAACCAGCCAGAUGUAUUCUUUAAUGUUAAGCGGAAAUUAACUAUUCUGUCAGAAUCAAAAGAGAAACAGGUUGCUUCUUUCCAGUGUGAACCUAAGGGAAAUCUGCUCUUUGAACUUGUUUCACAUUCACCUUCCAAUUUACUCGUAGCCAAGGCAUUUAAAACACUGGGCACUGCUUCAUUAUCUUUGCAAGACUUCCUAAAUCCAGUUUCUAAACUUGCUGUGGAAAAAUGGGUAGAAUUACUGCCCAUUUCUGGCAAUGUGAGCUCGAAGCCAAUUUGCUUAAGAAUCGCUGUCUCAUUUACUGUUCCCGUUCAAGCACCACAUGUUCUGCACAUGGUUCAUCCCCGAUCAUUCUCAAAAAGUUCUUGUUUUUUCCCUCUUCCUGGAAGGGCUCAACAUGAUAAUAGCUGGACACACAUCAUUGUUGAAAAUGAUACUGAGAUCAUCAGCCUUCAAAUGAGGGACUCAACAAAGUCAAAGGUGAAAGACCAGGGCAUUCUUAAGAAACAAGUAAUUGGAGCUACGAAAUCAAGUGAAACAGAUAUACUUGCAGAAUUUAUGGGGACUCAGUGGUCUUUGAUGGAUUCUCAGUGGUGCCUUCAGCCUAAAACAAAAUCCAAUGAUGAUGGUCAUCUCUUUGAGCUCAUGGGCAGUAGGAUGAUAAAAAUUUUUCAGGGCAGAAAACUGGAUUUCGAGCCCAAACACUUUGAGAAGCAGAGAAAUGAACAGGAGUUUAUGACUGCAGUUGAAUUUUCUGCAGAGGAUCCAUAUGGCAAAGCAGUAGCGUUGCUCGACUUGAAGUCUGGGUCUGUCAAGGUGAAAGAAGAAUGGUUGGUGUUGCCUGCAAUCAUUUCAGCCUUUAUACUUACUGAUAUUUUGAAGGCUGAAGGAUAUGGGGGCUUCAUUGUUGCUGGAGAAAGUUUGGAGUUAAAUGGUAAUGUGGAAAAUGUCAGCGGAUUAGAUUAUGAUGCCAGACAAAUCAAACAAAGUACUAUAAAAAAUAAAAUGGAGUUGAAUUCGGACGCAAUAAAAAGUGCAGGCUGUGGCAGUGGCUGUGGUUCUGGAUGCGGACACAUGGUAAAGAGCGGAGGCUGCGGCAGUGGCUGCGGCAGUGGCUGUGGUGGUGAAUGCGGAAGCAUAGUGAAGAGUGGUGGUUGCGGUAGUGGUUGUGGUGGUUGUGGUGGUGGAUGUGGAAGCAUGUUGAAGAGUGGUGGCUGUGGAGGUGGCUGUGGAGGUGGUUGUGGUGAGAAAACAUAUGAAAGCAAUGUUGAUGACUCCCAUAACGAGACUUGCCCCAUAGAAUCACAUAUGAUGGUGGCUGGGGCAGUAGUUGCUUGAUCCUUAUGAAAUUGAUAAAUUAUCAUUAAGAAAUAGAAAAACUUAAAAUUCAAAAAAAAAUAAAAAUAAAAAUCCUAAUAAGCUUCUCAAUCACAGUGUUGUGUUGUGAAGUAGUAACAAAGGAAUAAAGUUCACUGCAUAUAGUGCCUUGUAUUACACAAAGCACGCUGGUACUGCUUCCACUUUUUUCUGUUUCUUUUCAUCCGCUACUUGUAUAUUCAAAGAAACUUGGCAGUGUGCAUGUUUGUGUUUUACUCAGAUUUCUUAAAACUACUCAUGAAAAUCAGUAUGUAUUUGAUUUAUAUUUGAGUUGUAUUCAGUUCUGAAUUUCAAUAGAUUAUAUAAAUCCCAACUUCAUUUGAA